GAUUCUUAUGACGUCAUCACUCAACGACAAAACAUGGCGGAGGCUGCUGUUGAAGAAAGUAGGACUGAAUCAAAUAAGUUUUACUGCCAUAGCUGUUCCGAAGAAAUUGACCCCAAACCUGAUUUUACUUGUCCCAAGUGUGAUAAUGGAUUUAUUGAAGAAUUAACAGGGGAGUUAGCUGAGAGCUCCAGUCCUCAGCCAUCACAGGAACGGGACCCUGCUGCACAAUUUACAGAGCUUUGGGGAAGAGCUUUCUUAGAAAGUUUUCAAUCUCAGUCUGGAGCUGGAUCUUCAAACAAUACACAGAAUGGUGGGGAGUCUGAAUCUGACGAGGAGGAGAGCCGGCCUCAAACUAGGUCCCUGAGGCCUCGACCUUUGACCCGCAUUUCAGUAAGGACAGGUGGACCAAGAACCAGACAAAUGAGACAACCACAGUAUUUACAUGGGCUUUUACAGUUGUUUGUUGACAGACUAACUGGUGAAAUGGGACAACCAAUGAACUUUAUGACACUUCAUGGGAACCCAGCUGAUUAUGCCUGGGGUGUCGGGGGUUUAGACAACAUUAUAACACAGCUGCUAAAUCAACUAGAGGGAUCUGGACCUGCCCCUGCUGAGAAAUGUAAAAUAGAUUCAUUACCAACUGUCAAAAUCACCCAGGUUCAAGUCGAUAGUAUCUUACAAUGUUCAAUAUGCAUGGAGGAUUUUAGUUUAGAUGAAGAUGCAAAAAAAUUACCCUGUGAACACCAUUAUCACAAAGUGUGCAUUGUUACCUGGCUAGAAAUGCAUGGGACGUGUCCUGUAUGUAGAAUUGACUUGAAUGGUGAAGAUAGUUCCCUGAAAAAUGACGACAGUUUAUAUUCUGAACUACAGAAUGUUAGGAGUGAUCCUUCAGAGCCUCCGGAGUGAUGACAGACUGUGUUGUAUUGUUUAUUAAGUACUGUGAUUUUACUGUGUCAUUUUAACAAAGACAAAGUUAAGGUGACUGUUAACAUUUAAAUACUGUUCUUCAGAAAAUGUGAGAGUUAAUUUCUUACAUAUUUUGCAUAUAACAUACAUUUGCAUUGAUAUAAUGAUAUGAAUGUGCAUUGACAUGUAGGCCUAUUUCUUUAUUUUUUUUUUUUCACUUGCCGAGGUAGGUGACCUUUUGCUCUCUGUUUUAAUCUAUGGUUGUCCGUUACAUAAUCUUUUCACACUUUCAGUAGAGCUCAUAAUUUAAAAAAAUAUCUGAAUCAACGUUGCAUGAGAUGCCUGCAUGUAAAUUCAACCUUUAAUGGCCCGUUAUGAAGGAGGGAUCGGUAUUUUGUAAUGUACAUGUAAUCAUGAUAGUAUGAAGAAAUAUGAGGAAAAACCCUGUUAACCAACAAGAGCACAGUUUGUCAUAUUGAUGUAAAAUGUUCUUGUGUAUGUACAUGUAAUUAUAUUAUUGCCAUAAUAUUUUUAAAUCAAGAUGCUCUAUAUUAGGACUCUGAAGGUAUAGGUUGCAAAAUAAAACAUGUUGUUUUGAAAAAAACUUGCCUUGUAAACCUUAGGUAAACAUUGAGGGUCAUGGCAUCUUUUUUCUAACUAUAAAUACUUGUAGUAAUUUUUAUUGAAAACUGAAAAAUUAUUGAAUCUAUAAACAUUGCUAGAUGAUGUAUUGGAAACUUAAGAUUUAUUCAUUUGUUAACUUUGUUGCUUUAAGAGAAAGGCUAGGAGAAUGUAUUCAAUUUCUAAUGACCAUUGUUUUGUUUCAUCAUUAUUACACAUUUUUGGCAUUGUAUCUAAAGGCAAAAAAGUGUACUUUUCUUUGAGUUUGCAUUCAUCCAUUCAGACCACUAGUGAUUUCAAAUGGAUUGAAGAUUUCCAUGUGUCAGAUCUUAUUCCACUGCAAAAUUCACAAUAUCAGUAUAUUUAAGACUGUUGUUGCUAAAGAUUUGAUGAGCAAAAGUAUAAGAGAAUUGGAUUUCUAAAAUACAUUGAAUUGUAUUUGCAAAGAGAAAUAUGCAUAUUAUAUUCAGAGGUUAACAUUUACUAUCUUCAACUUACAUAUUAUGGAACAGAACUUUAAAAAUGUUAAUAUGAAUGACAGUCACUUGUAGCCAUUUGUUCUUGUUAGAUGAUUCCAGUCAUGUUCUCAACUGAAUGAUGGCAUUUUGUGUCCUUAAAUUUGUACUAACAUGCCAUAUUGAAUGUUGUUAUAAAUAUUGUUUGGGGCUUAUGCAUAUUACACAAUUGAAAAAUAUAUGUGCAGAUUGUAAUUUUGCUUUCAUUACCUAGAGUUUAUACUAACAGUGGUACUUCAGGUUAUACCAUUGUUUUACUAGUACAUGUAUUUUAUACUGUUUGAAUUUUUUAAAAAUUGAAUUUGUUUACCAUACAAGCCCCCAAGUUAUGUUAUUUUAUCAUUAUUUAAUUGUUUCCAACACUUGAAAUGUGUGUCCAGAAUACAAUAGUGUAGUAGCAACUUUUAUUUUGGAUUUAAAAAUAAAUUUGUAUUUAGAUAUUUGUGGGCACACAGCCCAACAAUUAUUCAUGUAGAUUCUUCUUUGAGCUAAAGAGAAUGAAAUUGCCAUUAUCUUAUUUUAUAUUUAUUUAAAGGACAUUUCCAAUUGAUGUGACCUGUAAUACUUGUUUUUCCUCUCACAAAUAACACCAAAGUUUUGUAUGGAGAGAUUGAAGGGGAAUUUAAAAUAAACAUUGAUAUGAUUGUG